GUUUCUCCUCGUGAUAUUCUUAUCAAGUUCAUAUCUUUUCCUUCUCUUUGCAAGUAGAUCUCCAUUCUUUCUGCAACUUGUGUGGUAUGUAUAAACUUCUUGAAUUAUUUACCGACAAUAAUAUCAUCUGUUAUCAUCAGCUUACGCUUGCUCCGGCCUUUGCAGAUAAAGCUCAUGUAUCAAAAGAAAGAGUACCUAUACUCCAUUUUUGUUUUCGAUUGUGGCAAUUAAGAAAGACAUUUGCCUCUUACAUUUUCUCAGAAAGUAAAAAUAGCUUCAUGGAUGAUAGUCGUGGGAAGAUAAAGGUUAUACCGGAUCACUUCAAAGCCUCAACACUGGAUUCUCAUCAAAACGGAACGUCAUUUGUUUCCCUACCACGAUCCGACAGUUCUUUGAGGUCUCAUAGCUGGACUCGAAAGGGUGCCACUUUCAUGUUGAACUUGUUUACCGUACGAGGGAUGCCAUGGGGUUCUAGCACUGAUGAUCAGAAAAAGGUUGAGCUACCUGCUGCUGAAGUAGAAUCACUUAGAUCACAAGUUGCUGAUUUAGAAGAGAGAGAAGCUCACUUGAAAGCUCAGCUGGAACAUGUUGAUGAACUUUUGCGGUCUGCUCGCCUGUCUGGUUAUUUGUACAUUCGUACUAGGUGGACAGCACUACCAGGAGAACCUCCUCCUUUAGAUGAUACUGAGGUUGAUGACUGGCUUCCUCGCUUUGUUGUCCUUCAUGGACUAUGUCUAUUCUUCUAUUUAUUGUCUACAGAUCUGAGCCCUCAAGACUCCACUCUCCUAUCUGAUAUUGUUGAAAUAGGUCCUCUUCCAAGCUUUACACGAGAAGAUGAGGAGACACGAUAUGCCUUCUAUAUGCUAACUAGUCAAGGACUGAGAUAUGAGUGCUCAAGUAUUUCUAAGAUUCAGGUGGACUCUUGGUUGUUAGCAUUACGAAGUGACUGCAAAGUGGAAAAAGAAGAAAUUUUCCGAUCUGCUUCCAGAGCCUCCAAGUCACUCCUCUCUGCCUCCAAAGGCUCUCGUUUCUACUCCGAAGGACGAGCCGCAGCUGCCGCUGCUGCAGAGUCAUUGAGAGAAACAGUCCCGUUUCUAGCUUCAUAUUACAGGAGGGCCGGUUCUGAGAGUACAUCUAGAGGAUGGAUUUCAGGAGUCCUUGCUAUUCCUGCAGCAGCUUUUAUGCUCCAGGAGCAGGAGGUACAUGCUGCAGAGCUAGAGCGCACUUUCAUUGCUAUCAAGCCUGAUGGAGUGCAAAGAGGCCUGAUUUCAGAAAUCAUAUCUCGUUUUGAGCGGAAAGGGUUUAAGCUCGUGGCCAUUAAAAUAGUGAUUCCUUCGAAGGACUUUGCACAGAAGCAUUAUCACGAUCUGAAGGAAAGACCUUUCUUCAAUGGCCUUUGCAACUUCCUUAGCUCCGGCCCUGUUCUUGCAAUGGUCUGGGAAGGAGAGGGAGUGAUUAAGUAUGGUCGAAAGCUGAUUGGAGCUACGGAUCCACAGAAAUCAGAACCUGGAACCAUCAGAGGGGAUCUAGCAGUUGUUGUUGGAAGAAACAUCAUCCAUGGGAGUGAUGGUCCAGAGACUGCCAAGGAUGAAAUCAAUUUGUGGUUCAAACCAGAAGAGUUGGUUAGCUACACAAGCAACGCAGAGAAGUGGAUCUAUGGAGAGAACUGAUGCUUAUUUUUUGCCGUCCUUUACUAGUGAGUUGGGUUCCAAGCGAAGAGUGGGGGGUUGAAGCACAAUCUUUAGAAUAAAAAUGUCUUUUGCUGAGGUGAGUGAUAUCGUGAUUUGCCACAAAUACAAUUGGCUGAUCUGAAUUUUUAGCAAUAAUUAGUUCCACCUCUUGUCAUUGGACUCCAAUUAUCAAAUAAAGUAGUGUUAUUUAUGCAUUCA